AUGGAAGACAGCGCAGCCCGUGUGGGCGAUCGACUUCCACGGGCCAGGCUUGCAGAUGUCGUUCGCAGGGGGGACAGGAUCCUGGCUGUUGUGUACCGACCAUCAGAGAUCCUCUCCGAGGACGAGUAUGCGGUGAAGGUAUGGCUCGUGCAGUUGUUGGGGCUUGAAAGCGGCAACCUCCACUGGGAUGACUUCAUCCCUUCGUGCGAGAAGUGCCAUGCAAAGCUCCUGCCAGUUCUCGAUGAGCAGUGCUCUUGCCUGGUGUGCGGUGGUCGGAAGGGACGCCAGAAUUGCGUACAGUUCCAGUGCCGUCAAGGCCUUGAGCUUGCAGCCUGCGAAACAUCCGGCAGACAGGCCUACUGCGGCAGCCACCCUUUCUUCGGUGGCUAUUCUGCCGUCGAGCCUGUGCACAGGGAUGCCGGUCCGGCUUUGUGGGAGGAAAGGCUCGAGAGAGGGGGUGAAGCGUUUGAGGUCGUGAUGACUGCUUCCCUUUGCUGGGACGACUCCUUGUCGGGUCCCCACACGGAAGCGCACAUCUUUUCUGAGCGGUUCCAGGAUCCACGGUGUACCCGAGUGCAACUUCGAUUGGAUGGGCAGUCCAUCCUCACGCCGACGCAGGUAAAACUGGGUGGGCAGUUGUCGACUGGAGUCUCCUCGGCCGUUGUUUUAGCAGAAUCGCGCAAGAACGGCCUUUACAUCUUGCUGCAGCGAUUCGGGAACAGCAGUUGCAUCGUAAGGCGUGCGACUGGCAAAGACACCAACAAAUGGACCGAAGUUGCUGAACUGUCAUGCCCAGAUGUCUGUAAAGACUUCAAGAAGCAGAUCGUGGAAAUCUCUGGUCCGACGAACCACCGUUCAGUUUCCCUCGUGGGGCUCUCCAACAAGAGCUUAUGGAUCAUGGAGAUUGAACGCUUCGAGCUCAAGCAUGGGAGUCUGACGGCAGAGCACGUCGCCCAAGCUGUUGAGUGGAAAAAGGUGAUGGAUCUCCCUGGCUUGGAUGCCAGCAACGCAGAGCCAGCGGACGGCGAGGACGACUGGGACUAUCAAGUUGAGCCACCUCGCCUCAUGUCGAAGGGGCCGCGGAGUGAUCAGGUCAUCAUCUUCUCCGCGUCCGGCUCGUCUUUGAAGCCUUGGCUUCUUGUCGAAAUCGGAGGCUCACCACUUGGAGCGGAGAUUCGCACAACCUUGUUGACCUCAAUUGCAUCCGUGCCUUUGCGGAUGAAGGACGUUUGUGCCACACGUCUCCAUUCUGUGAGUCUGGACUCGAAUGCCGAAGAGCGGACGCUGCUCCCUGCCGUCAUUCGCAUGGAGAGGCGGCACGCUGGAUAUCUUUUCUUCGACGGCCUGGGCCAGAUCUACCGAUUGCGAGACGAAGAGAUUAUCCGUCCAGAGCACGCAUGGAGUGGUCCCAGUUUCAUCCCAAGUGCUUCGCAGCGUAUGGUGACGUUUACCUUUCACGAGAGUGAUGCAAAGCGUUCUUGCCUUUUCUCCGUGUUGGAGCGCUUCGAGUACUUCCAGAAGGCCUUUGGUCAGUGGCAGGAGGGCCAGUCUUCGGAGAUGUGCAUCGUCGAUGUGGAGCCUGAGACCUUCGAUGUGUUCCUGCAAUACUUGCACACUGGACGGCUCGGACUGCUUCCUCUUCAAACCUGGCUUUCCUUGCUUCAGCUUGGCAACAAGUAUGUGAUGCACCAUUUGGUGGCUGUCAGCAUGACGCAGAUCCUUGGCACUCUUGAUGAUGGAAGGCAUCUGGCCCAGGAGAAGCCAAGCGUCCUUGCGGACCUGCUGGCUUUUGCAUGCAAAUGCGGCGACGUUUUCAAGCUCAAGGUCAUGGAUGCUGUCGCUUGCAACCGCUCGAGUCUUGUGGUGGACAAGGACUUCCUGGCACGGAUGUCGUGCAGUUCGGUCGCUGCGCUGUCCCAAUUGUUGGAUUCGCUUUUGGAGCGGCGAUCGUCGCCGUCCGAGUUGCGCAUCGUCAUCAAGGAGCGCCGUUCGGAACAACAGAAACUAGGACAGGCGCCGCACGAGAUAGAUAGACUGAAAGCAGAUGUGCCGGAAAACAUGCUGGCGUCCGCUCUUUUGCUGAAUGCCGCCCUCUCCCUCAUGAGACUCGUAGCCUUAGCAGCGGCAGCGGGCGGCCAUGCCUGGGACGAGGCGGUAACACCUGCGCAGGGCACGGCAUCAGACUCGGGCCUUGUGGGUUUCUUGAGCUUCGGAGCGGCGGGGCACUGUAUCCGCAUAGCGGUGGCUGUUUCUCUGUGCCUUUGCGAUGAUGCUUCUCACUACGGCCUUCCGGGGAUGCUUAUCUCCGUCCUGCCGGUGAAUAAGCUGUCGCAGGAAUGCCGCGAAGCAUAUCGCGACGGCAAGCGAAUGAUGAAAGAAUGGGAGUCCCAGGCGACUCCUGACCUGACACUGCAAGAGUUGCAGUUGGUUCAUGAAGCAACGCCUCGCGAGAAAGACUUGAAGAUCCAAGCGUUGCAAGGCGAGAUAAACUUGCUCCAGGCACGGCUGCAGCAAAACACUUCCAUGCUCAACCAGCACAUGAUGAUGCUGGCCGACGCCGAGAAGGACUUCUUCGAGAUGACCUUCAGCAAGGCUUCGGUCUUCGAGAUGCAGAGACAUGGGAGGAGUGCGUGGAAGCCUUCCGAGAUGGAAGGCAAAUUAUGA